GUCCCGAAGGCUGUGAGAUGAGCAGGAGGAUGGUAAAGAACGCCUGAGAACGACCCCACCGAUGUGAGAAGCUUCAGGUGGUGCUCGUGUAGGAAGAGAGAGAGAGAGCGAGAGAAGGGAAGACGGAAGGAAGGAAGGAAGGUGGAGAUGGAACUGCCAAAUCAUGCCAAACACCUGCUGCUGCAACUCAACCAGCAGAGAGCCAAGGGCUUCCUGUGUGAUGUCAUCAUCGUGGUGGAGAAUGCGCUCUUCCGUGCCCACAAGAACAUCCUGGCCGCAAGCAGCAUUUAUUUCAAAUCUUUGGUCCUCCACGAUAACCUCAUUAACCUGGAUACAGAGAUGGUUAAUCCCUCUGUAUUCAGACAAGUGCUGGACUUCAUCUACACUGGGAAGCUCCUGUCCUCGUCGGACCAGAGCAGUGAGCAGAACUUCAGUGCCCUCUUAACCGCAGCCAGCUACCUCCAGCUCCAUGACCUUGCUGCUCUGUGCAGAAAGAAGCUCAAGCGCAGUGGUGGGAAACCUCUGCCAGGUAAACUCUCCACGCCAGGUCCCCAUAGCCGCUUACGCCUCAACAACCAGAGACUUUCCUCUUCUACCCCUGCUGGCCCCAAGAACCACUAUCCUCCAACCCCCUCUGACGCUGACCAUCCACAGCCAGAUGAAGGCCUUCGGGACAAACUUUCAGACGAUGAGAUGUUUGUUGGCAGCUCUGGGAAGAACGGGAACGCGGGAAAUGGCAGCAGUAAUGGUAACCUCAGCAGUGGAGGAAGUGCUGGGGAGCCCGACCUUGGACUAGACCUGUCCAAGAAGAGCCCUCCCUCUGCCGGCACAGCCACCGAUGCCCUCAGCCCAAACAGCAACUCCCAAGAAUCCCCUCAAUCUGCCUCAGUAUCCACAACCAACAGUGCCUCACUGGAUGACUCCUCUGCCACCCUACCAGGGGCAGACACAUGCGGCUCAGAAACAAUGGAGCUCAACACUUCCUCAAAAACCUCAGAGGAAACCCCGAACCAGCCUGACGGGCCCCCUCCCCAGAAGAAAUCCCGACAAGGUGCACGCAAGAACGAAUGGCCCAAGAGAGAGGCGUCAGGUUUGAAGUCUGAAGAUCACGAAAAGCCCCUGGUUAAUGGGGUGAUCGUGGGUCCUAAAGAUGGCCGCUCCUCUGGUGUGGGAGGGGGCAGUGGUAGCAGCUUCGCCUCGGACCAGUCGUUCCAGUGUAAAGAUGAGGAAGAGGGAGGAGAGAAUGGCCAGGACCACAGCGACGAGAGCGGUCAAAGUGAUGGAGAGAGUGCCGGCGGUGGAGGAGGAACAGGAGGGGGAACUCAGAGCGCCAACUAUGUGUACAGGCAGGAAGGUUUUGAGCCAGCAUUCGGAGACAACCUCUACGUGUGCAUUCCCUGUGGUAAGGGCUUCCCCAGCUCCGAGCAGCUCAACGCUCACGUGGAGACUCACACCGAGGACGAGCUCUACAUCAAAGAAGAGGGGGGGACCUUCGUGAAAGAGGAGGACGAGGAGGAGGCGGAGGACCUCUCUGCCCCUGUAGGUCCCUCCAACUUUGGCUCCGAAACGCGUCCAUUCAAGUGCACAGUCUGCAGUAAGAGCUACAAAGACCCGGCAACACUGAGACAACACGAAAAGAGCCACUGGCUGACCAGGCCCUUCCCCUGCAACAUCUGUGGCAAAAUGUUCACCCAGAGAGGAACCAUGACGCGCCACAUGCGCAGCCACCUUGGCCUCAAGCCGUUUGCAUGUGAAGAGUGUGGCAUGAGGUUCACACGCCAGUACCGGCUGACAGAGCACAUGCGGGUCCACUCUGGGGAGAAGCCGUACGAAUGCCAGCUAUGCGGGGGGAAGUUUACCCAGCAGCGCAACCUCAUCAGUCACCUGAGAAUGCACACCUCACCCUCUUAGAAAUGCAUCAAGCCAAAGAACUCUGGGAAUCGAAAAAACAUUUCUCUACCUUUUUUUUCCAUCUCAAAAGCAAAGAAACGCACACAAACGCAUUCACAUGCAGACUCACAUAGUUCUACAUAUGAAUUCCAGUUUACGACACCAUGGCUAAGUGAAUGAUGUUGCUGUUAGCCGCCGUGGGCUCUUGGUGACGGUGGGAUCUCGUUGACGCAGGGAUCCUGUCGUCGUUUAUAUCAUUCGCUCACCUCUCAGGAGUUCUAGAUGAACAAUGUACUCCUGUCACUCUCCAAAGUCACGAAAGCCAUGGUGGAGCAGCAGGACUUCUGGUCUGCGUUGCAAGUCUCUCUAAUGUGAAUGUGGGAACUAAUAUAAUGUCAAACCCCCUCACCUCAUACCCCUCAGCAACCUUCCUCUCCUCUACCUUUGAGCAUUGAGUCUCUGAGUUUUUCAGAUUGUUCCUCAGACAGAUUAACUCGAGAGUCCCCUCUGCACUUCAGUGCUGUUUUGACCAAAAACCCGUGCAAACAAAACUGGCAAUAAUUCAGCUAAAAGAUUAUUUUUACCCUUACAGCUUUAUGUCCUUUGUUACGUUGGUGACGGGGAUCUGUAUGUACGAGGAGGGAUAACUGGGUUCGGGACCAUCUGCAUGCUUUAACUGAAAGUCCUGAAAGAAAGUUCAUGGUGGGAUAACAUUGGAUUAAGUUUAAGUUUUUACAGACCACAGAUUCUCCAAGUCCUUCUCUACAGCUGUGCACAGUGAUCUAGAGAGGCUUGUUUUCAGCUUUGCCUGCUAAUGCUUCCAGGAAUUAAUUCCUGGUUGGAAAGAUGAACCCUUUGAGGUACUUGUUUUACUUAAAGAACUUGUAAUGUUUCAGUGAAUGUUUAAACUGGAAUGUCUUGGGAUUUUUCUUGUGGAGGGGAGGGAUUUGGUUUUUGGGUGGGUGGGGUUUAAUGAGUGUAAGAAAAGGGUGUUUAAGCCUGAACAUUAUGUUCAGCGGGUACGUUUAUUUUUAUUUUUUUGUCUGUAUAGCUUUCCUCCCCUCAGAAAAAAAAGUCUAUUUAUAUAGGCUUGUGACCUCGCUACCUCUGAUUACUCUUACGAACUCUAUGUUGAUUAGUUGAAAGUUCCUAUGUAAUUAAUUGUAAAAAGUGUGUAGAUUAUGGUAACUUUCACCUGAUGCUUUAACCUGCCCAUCUCUCAACACAGGUUUUUUUGAUGCUCAUAGAUUUUACACAUUAAUAUUGUUUAGCUGUAUUUUUCUUGUCAACUAUAGCUUUUCGGGUGCCCUGCUCAGUGUGGCCCCACCUCAAAGUGUACUGUAGCUUCUGCCUGGAGCAAAUAGUGGUUAGUGAGUUAGUUAGUUUAGAUGUAUAGUGUUCCAAAGAUCUUAUGAAUGUUGAGGAGAACAGAGCUAACUAACAAACAUUGCUAGACAAGUUCAUAACCAAAGUUUUUAAAAAGAUGUACUUAAGAUAUAUAGCAUACUAAAUUAUUUUGCUUUUGAUUCCUUUCUUUGCUGUAUACAUACAAAUUAUGAAUUAUAUUCCAAGUCCAGACAAAGAAAUCCUCUCUUUUGAUGGAGUUUUGGCCAAUGACUCUGAGAUUGAGGACGCUUCUUGUUGUUUGCAAGGAAAGCUUGUGCUGAUUGGUGGGCUGGUAUGAUGUAAACUUUACCACCUGAUGAAACCGGUAAAGCUUCAAACAUG